AUGGCAUCGCAACCCGAACCCACGGGGCCUCCGCCCGCAGAUGAACCGGGUCAGCCUCCGAAACUUACAACCAGCGCAUUGGCAGAUCAGGCACAUCACCCUAGUGUUGGGCAGCGUGUCACUCCAUUUGAGGUGUCGGGCGGCGUGGACGAGAGCGGAAAACUGCUCCCAGUCGACUAUGAGAAGCUGACAAGAGAGUUUGGGGCGACUCCAAUCACACCACAACUCCUAGAGAGAUUCGAGAGGGUUACAGGCAAAAGAGCACACAGAUUUAUGAGAAGAGGAAUCGUGUUUUCGCACAGAGAAUUGGAGAAGAUCUUAGACAGAUAUGAGAAGGGAGAGCCAUUCUACCUGUACACCGGUCGAGGGCCGAGCAGUGACAGCAUGCAUGUUGGACACUCGGUUCCGUUCGAGUUCACAAAGUAUCUCCAGGAUGUUUUCGACUGCCCUCUAGUCAUCCAAUUGACAGACGACGAGAAGUUUAUGCAUUCGCAGAAGAUCACCAUCGAUGACGCCAAAAGGUUCGCCAAGGAGAACGCAAAAGACAUCAUUGCGAUUGGCUUCGACCCUGCCAAAACAUUCAUCUUCUCCGACUUCUUCUACAUGGGCCGGGCAUUCUACGAGAAUGUAUGCGCAAUGGCCAAGCGCAUUACCAUCAACCAGAUCAAGGGGACUUUCGGCUUCAACGACAGCAACAACAUUGGUGAAUUCCAUUUCUGCGCCAUACAGUCAGCACCGGCGUUUGCCACAUCCUUUCCUCAUAUCUUUGGCGACAACCCCUCGAAAGUACGCCAGAUCCCAUGUCUUAUCCCCUGCGCCAUCGACCAGGACCCCUACUUCCGCCAGUGCCGCGACAAUGCCGAAAAAAUGAAGUUCAAAAAGCCCUCCUUAAUCCACUCCAUCUUUCUCCCAGCCCUGCAGGGACCUGGUUCCAAGAUGUCGGCCAGCAUUGAUUCAUCCGCCAUCUUUUUAACCGACACCCCCAAUCAGAUCAAGAAUAAAAUCAACCGCUACGCCUUCUCGGGGGGACAAGACACGGCCGAGAAGCAACGUGAACUGGGAGGAAACACCAAAGUCGAUGUUCCGUUCCAGUAUCUGACCUUCUUCAUGGAGGACGACGAUGAACUAGCCCGGAUCAAGAAGGCUUACGAGUCCGGAGAAAUGAUGACGGGCGAAAUCAAGCAAAUAUGCAUCAAGUAUCUCCAAGAAUAUGUUGCGGGCUUCCAAACCCGGAGGAAAGCCGUCACCGAGGAAACGCGCGAGGAGUUCUUCAAGCUUCGGCCGCUUGUGUAUCAGGGAAACCCAAUCCCCAUCAAGGUCGAGAAGAAGGAAGCCACGUCAACGAAGAAGAACGAAGCCAAAAAGGAUAAGGCGCCAGCAGAGGCCGGGGGACACUCGAAGAAGCUGAGUGUCGGUGGUGCCAAAGUUGAAAUCCAGCACGAUGUCGAGCAAUCUCCGAAUGGAGAGCUGAAGGAGCAUGUCAAAAGGUUGAGCUUGACCAAAGAAGAGUAG